ACGCAUCGGGGGGAACACAUGCCGCAUUGCUUGCCGAAACCCAUGCCGAAAAAUAGGUUUACGGCCAUUCAAGAUCCGUCUCGUGACCCUUCUGACAGUGACAGUACUUUGUCUUCCAGCGAGUCGGCGACCUCCUCCAGUGAGGCUUCCGUGUUGCGAUGGCCUCCCCGUUGGGGGCCCGAGCGCGCGGCGCAUGAAGAAGGCCUUGGGCGUCGGCAUCUGGCUGGCCAGCGCGGCAGCUUUCACGUGCGGGCUGCGAGCGGGCCAGUGCGGCCCAGUCGCGUUCGCUUUCGCGCUGGUGGCGGGCUUCCAGCUGCCGUCGCCGCUGGGCCAGCUGCCGCCGUGUCCAGACGCGCUCGUCUGCUACGUGUGGGCUGGCAGGGUGCCGCUGGGUGCUGCGAGCGCCGUUGCGGCUUUGCGCCUGUGGUGGUCCGCGGCGCGGGCCGGAGCCGCGUACGCCUCGUCGUGCCAUUGGUGGUGGUUGCUCACGUCUGCUCCCUCCACGCCGUGCUGUCUCUGAUCUGGAAGGGGCGGGGGGACGCACGGGCGGUGCGGCGCGCCUUCGGCGACCUCGGCGGCUCUGCCCCUCGCAGACCGGCCCGGCCGAUCUUGGGAUGGGUGCACCCGUACCUCUAUUUUCCGGCGUUUCCCAGAGGUUCGCGUGGAGAGGGUCGCGGGGAAGACCCCCUCUUUCACACCCGACCCAUCGACGUCUGGCUGCCCCAGCGCUGCUGUGACCGCGAGGGCGCCCGCCGCCCGAUCCUCUUCUGGGUCCACGGCGGCGCCUGGGUCGGCGGGCACGCCCGCUUCCUCCCGGCCGCCCCGCUGCUGCAGGCGCUGGCGGCGCGAGGAUGGCUGGUGGUCAGCUGCGAGUACAGGAGGGGUGCGUGGCCCCAGCAGCUGGAGGACUGCGCCGAGGCGCUCCGCUACACCCGCACGGUGCUUGCCGACGAGCACGGCGGUGACCUGGACGCCCUCGCCAUCGGCGGGGCCUCGGCGGGGGGGCACAUCGCCAGCCUGCUGACGCUUCAGGCCGUGGAGGAGGGCGCGUGCCCGGUGCGGUCCAGCCUGCUCUUCUACCCCGCGCUGGACCCGAAGGACUCGGGCGGCGUGACGCUGCACAGCCCCCUCGGCCUGCCACGCCCCCUCGGGCUGCGCCGCGGGCAGAGCCUCCUCGCCUGGUUCUUCGAGCGGGUCGUGCUGAGGGGCGACGCGUCCAGGUGGCCCUCGGCGGAGCCCCUCGCCCGGCUGGAGGGCGCCUCGGCCGCCCGGGCGGCGCGGGCCAGCGGCGCCCCCGCGGCGCUCCCGCGCACGCUGGUCGUCCACGGCACGCACGACUCCUCCGUCGUCCCCGUCGAGCACAGCCGCCAGUGGGUGGAGGCGCUGGAGCGCCGCGGCGGCGGGUGCGCGGAGGAUUCGGCCGAGCGCCAGCACCAGCUUGUGGAGGUCCCCGGCGCCCGGCACACGUUCGAGGUCGCCCCAGGGGCGGCCGUCGAGGCGGCCUUCGACGGCGCCCUGGCGUGGCUCGAGCAGCCCCUCGACAAAAGGCAGAGGUCCGCGGACGACUCGUGUGCGUUGUGUUGUUCGGCUGCUGCUUGA